UAUCUAGAUGAACUGAUUCAAUUAGAAGGGCGUGGGAGGGCUAACCACUCAUGCUAUGCUUGUGGAAACUUAAAUGCACCAUAUCACUGUGAAGAUUGUUUUUUGGUGGAUUUAUUUUGUCAUUUGUGCAUCAUCAAACUCCCUCAGACUGUACCACUUCAUCAAGUCAAGCAAUGGCAGGAUGGAUAUUUUCACUCUACAACUUUAAAACACCUUGGCUUGCACAUCCAAUUAGGAGAUCACACCAACCAGCCCUGCUGCAAUCCCAAACCUGCCCAAGAAGAUGAUUUUGUUGUAAUCAAUGUACAUGGAAUACAUGAGGUUGUGCUUGACUUCUGUGACUGCACAAAUGCACCAUCCCACUACAGACAACUUCUAUGUUGUUGCUUGUUUCCAGCAACUUCAACAGAUCUGAAUACUGCAGCAACAUUUGCAGUCCUCAAACAUUUUUACCUCCUUUCCUUUGAGUCCAAAGUCUCUGCUUAUGAAUUUAACCAUUGCCUUGUGCAUCAAAGUGACAACACAGGCAUUCAGCCAAUCAAGGUGAGACUCAUUUCUUACUUCAGUGAGCAUGGAACCUGUUACUGA